GUUGUGUUGAGGAGUAUGUGUUGUGUACUUAAACGCUCUGAAAAGGAAAAAUUAAAUCGAAAAAAUUUAAAGCCAACCUUUUCGACACAGCACACCGACUGCGCAACACACUGUGUCAGCCGAAGAUGUAACUAAUAGUUUGUACCCCUAAAAUAGAGUUGCACACGAAUUCAUUGCGCUCCUGUUACAGCAAAAAAAAAAAAAAACGAUUGAGUAGAAAAGCGCAAUAGCAAAAAAAGAAAAUUUAUUAUCGUUCUGAAGAAUUUGAGUAUUGUGCCCGAUAUAUAAAGGAACUGUUAUUUUCUUGUGUUGCCGAUAGUGAUAAACGGAAUCAACGGGAUACCGCAGCACCCCCGCGCUUUUUAUGUGAAUGAGUGCGUAUUUGUGAAAAAUAAUUAGCAUUUCAUGCGCCAUUUGGAUCAACCGAUAAUUACAUGCAUAUAAACAUAUACUGAGUUCAGAGCGACCAAAGAGCGACUUGAACGCCAACGCCUAAGGAAUUGUUAAAUAAAUCGUAAAGCGCAAAGUUUUCAAUACGCAAGCAUAUAUAAAUGGUUUCUACUUUCAUUGGCCUAUUGGACAUUCAAUCAUGGUGGGAGAUACCGUGUAUUUCGCAUUUUUGUUCAUUGUUUAGUUCCGCUUUCGAUUUGCCCGACAUUGAUAUCGAGGAUCUUGAAUCGGCGCUGCUUUCCGAUGGUACCAGCGACGAAGAUCAGGUUGCCUUAGUGCCGGAAUUAAUUGUGCGCCUUCUUAAGGGCUGCGAUGCGCUACACUCUGUAGCCAAGGAUAUCACACACAGCAACUAUCAGAUGUUCUUGCGUCGCUUUCUGCGCCAACAGUGUCGCCAACACCAAACCGAAAAUCACUUCGAUACGGACAUUGAUUUUCAAUCUCUGCCGGUGCGCAAGCGUCUGCACAUUCUGCACGAUCUGUGCCAUUUUCGUCUGGACUCUGCCGAUGUGCAGGUCAUACUUAGUAAUCUAGAGGCCGAUAGCCUUCGUGUCGAACCACUCGGAUACGACGCCAAGAACUCUGGCUAUUGGUAUUUCUACGGCACGCGUCUUUAUCGCGAGGAUAAAGCUAGUGGCUCGCAUACAAGUGCCGGUGCUGGCAGUAGUGGUGGAAGCAGAGCUGGAGCUGCAGCGCCAGCAGCCGCUGGUACUACAUAUAUUGGCAGUAACGGCACAAUCUGGCAAGUAAUUUGUUUCACCGAAGAAGACUGGCAGAACUUGGCUGCCAAAUUCAAGACAUCGACGAACGCCAAGGAGCGUGAACUCUAUCAAAUACUCGAUGAAAACUUUUUGCCUAAAUUGCCUCAAUUGUUUCGCGAGCGUGAGCGUCUGAGAAGGAGAAAAUUGUUGCAGGUGCGCAACUCCAGUCGCAUACGCAACAUUGUCGAGUUGAAAAAGGCGCGCCAGGAGGAGGAGCGUCAGCAACGAGAACGCGAGCGUCAAAGUUUGAAUCGCGAGCGUCAAUAUUCGCACUGGGCAGCCUCGUCGAAACAACAUCGCGAUCGGGCACUGAAACAGAGCCGCUCACGUUCACGCAGACGCUCGCAAUCUACAUCGACAGCAAGCGGUAUUUCCACAUAUGCAAGCUCCCUAAGACGUACAACAACAACUAAUUCGAGCGAAUUUCUGUGCCACAGGGAAACCUUUUGUCUGUCACCAGAAGACGACGACGACGAAGAGGACGAAGGCGAAGGCGAUAACAACAACAAUCAUAGCCACGAGAACGACGAGGAGCAGGCAGUGACACAACAACAAGCCACACACCAAUUCGUAGCUUCGCCAGCAGUAGUAGCAACAUUAGCAUCAACAACAACAACAACAACAGAAACAACUAUAUAUGAAGUAGAAACGGAAACUCCUCAAAUCGAAAACGACAGCAAAUUUCGUUCGCCUCAGCCACCUGUUGAGAUAUCGCAAACGCCUGCAGAAUUCAAAACAAAGAGCCAUCAUCAUCACCACAAAAAGAAGAAAUCGGGUAAGAAGCAAAAGAAACGUUCGCGUGAGCAUCGUGAGCACAGCCACCAUCAUCACCAUCAUCAUCGGCGGCGCCACAAGCAUGCAUCUGAGACAGACGACGCACCCAGCAGCAAUAACGACAACAACAACGGGAGCAGCAACCACAAGCGUCGCCACAGUCGCCACCAACAACAGGAGCCAGAGUCACACGAGGUUGCAACACGCCACGACACUUCAUUGAGUCCCGAGGAUAAGGAGAAUUUUUGUCGUCAACUGCAACUGUUGGAUACCAAUUCGGCGGCCAUUGCGGUUGCCACGAGCAUAGCUGACUUGAGUUUACCAUCUCCAGCGGCUGAUGAGAGCGAAGUGCAACAGCAGCAGGCAGAGGGAACGCAACCACACCAACAACCAACACAGCCAGCAGUCAAGCGUGUGGAGCAACAACAGCAGAUGGCGCCGGCGGCCAAUGUAAAAUUGCCCGGCAGGCAAACAAACAAUUCGCUCAGCUCGCUAACUGGCAACAUUUUUAUACCGAGUGGUGCGCAGCAGCAACAGCAGCAGCAACAACAACAGACAAAUACUGGCAAUGCUGGAUCGGGCAACAUGACGACAGCACGGACAGGUAAUAAAAAGCAGAAGUCAACUCUGUCGACAGUUAAAGCGGAUCGGAGCAGCACCAGUGGAGGGAAAAGUAAAAAAUCAUCAUCAACCACAUCAAAUGCUGGCAACAAUAAUGCAUCAUCGAGCGCAUCUUCCUCAUCGUCCAGUAAAGCGGAUCGAGAGCGCAAUAGUGGCGCCUAUUCGGACAAAAGUGCGGACGACCAUGUAAAUAGUAGCAAACGUAGCACCACCACCACCACCACAACCACCACCAACAACAACAGCAGCCUUAACAACAACAACCAUAGCCAUAAGCACUCGUCGCAUCACCACAAUAACAACCACUCAAAUGCGCAUGGCAAAAGGGAUGCGGUAACAACGCCAACAAUAACAGCGUCGCACGGAACCACACACGAUCAGCAACACCACCAUCAUCAUCAUCACCAUACCCAUGCACCACAUGCCCACCAACAACACACGUACCCACACACUACUACUAAUCAUAGCCAUAACAGUAACAAAAGCAAAUCUAAAUUCCUGCACCAUAACCCAAAUCAAUUUAAUCCCCUAAUACAUCACACGACAUUAAAAACAACAACAACAACAACCACCAACAUACAUAAUACAACAACAAAAACAAGCAAUUCAACGUACAACUCCAAUCAUGCGAAUAUUCUUAGCUUCACUGAAACGGAGGAAGUGCUACAAAUUGGAAUGCAUAAGGUGCUCGUUUAUGUGAAAAAUCAUCGCGACGCUUGGCCCUUUAUGGAUCCCGUGGAGGAGGAUAUAGCGCCUCGAUAUUACUCUAUUAUCAGAAGACCCAUGGAUCUUCUGAAAAUGGAGGAUAAACUGGACAGUGGAGAGUAUCACAAAUUUAGCGAAUUUCGGAAUGAUUUUCGAUUGAUUGUGAACAACUGUAGACUGUACAAUGGGCACAAUAAUGAAUACACAGAGAUGGUGAAUAACCUACAGGAUGCUUUCGAAAAGGCAACCAAAAAAUAUUUUGAUAAUCUAUCCGAUGACGAAGACGAUGAUCCCAAUUUAAGCUAUCCUGCCGCUGACUCCAAAAUGAACGUAUUUCGUGAGAAGUACUUCAACAAAAAGGCGAAGGAAGAGGAGAAGGAGAGCGUGCUGGCGACGCUCGCAGGCUCAAGUAGCAAACGUCAUGAUAGUAAUAAUACGAGUGACGAAGAAGAGCAGAGCGAUCUGGAUGAGCAGGAUACGCCAACGGAAAACUCUCAACGCGGACAGAAACGCAAGCGCAAGGAGAAGGAUAAACGGCGAAAGAAGAAAAUAAAAAGCAAGGCGCACAACAAUGACGAGCAGUUAGAUACAGAUGAAGAGGUAUUGGAUUCAGUGCCGUCGCCUGCCCCGACACCAGCAAUCAAAAAGAGUAAGUCGAGCAAAGUGUCCAAGGAAAAGGAGCCAAGGGAAACGCAAGCGGCUCAAAAGCGUGGACGCAAAGUUAAAAGUGAAAAAUCGACGUUAGCGGGGAGACCGAGCAAAACACAGCAAAAGACCAAAAAUAGUGGAAAGAAGUCAAAUCAGGACGAGCCCAUAAAUACGGACUCGAGUGAUUUGGACGCCAACAGUCCCGAAAGUGAGGACGAGCAAGUGAUCGUGGCGAGGACCAAAACCAUAACCAAACCAUCGACACGAACAAUAGCGGCGCAAAAGAAAAAGUCCGUGCCAGCGGAGUCAAAAGUUAAACAGCCGACGCCUAUAAAAAAACAGCAAAAGACAAGGACCAACAAGGCAGGCGGACGUGCGGUAAAGGCAAUAAAUGAAGAUGAACAGAGCGAGCUAUCCGAUUUGGAAGUCAACAAUAGGCGGCUGUUGCCACCCACAGCUGCAGCAGCAUUGGCUGAAUCUGCUGCUGAACUCGAGGAGGAUGAUGAUGAUAGAGACGAUGAUUCGCGGUCACGCAGUAUGUCCCCGUUCAAAGUUGAUCUCCACAAGAAAUACUCAAAAAGUGCACUUAAUGAUGAUCUUUCUGAGCUGCUGACAACGGUCAAGAAGGUGCCUAAUGCCGAGACAACUAAGCUGAGUGCGAGGCACGAAGAUAAUAGAGAUGAUGAUGACGACGAUGAUGAUGAUGAAGAUGAUUUUAAAUCCUUGUCCUCUAGUCGUCACUCUUCUAAGGAGCGGAAAUCAUCACCAAUAAAGCGGGGAAAGAAAUCAGAGUCAAGCGCCAAAAAGGAGAAGGAAAAGGGGAAGGAAAAGGAAAAGGAGAAGGAUAAAGAUCAGGAGAAGAAGCUUAGUCAUGAGAAAAAUAAGACACGUUGUGCCAAGCACAAGAAGAACUCCACAGAGACGGAUGCUGCCGCAGCGGCUGCUGCCGAGCAGGCCGAACUCGAGAUGCUGCUGCCAUUUAUGGAUAAAUACGAUGUCAUCAAAUAUCGGCGGAGUCGUGCCCAACAGCCGAGCAGUGGUUCCAGUGCCAACAAUUCGGUAACGCCACCCGAGGAGGCCAAAUCGACUAGUACAAAAAGUAGUAAGGAUAGCGAGAGGACAUCAAAGAAGGGGCGUGAGAAGCGUGAUAAAACGCCUGAACAACCAGGUUCGCCAGUAAAGGGCACAACAGAAACAAAGCGCGGGCGCAAAUCCAAAGAAGCGAGGCGUACGAAAGAGUCGAGCAGCGCAGAGAAGCCAGACAAGGCUAUCAAAAUCGAGGAGAAACAUAACCCCGCACCCUCCAAGGCAGCGACUCCAAAAAACGUAGAUAAGGCACCGGAUCCGCCACCUAUACCUGCACCAGUAGCUAAAACAGAAGCCACCAAGGACAUUAGCAAUAGUAGCAACAAUAGCAACAGCAAGGCCAACAGUGCCAGCGGUAAGACCAAGGAGACACCUAAGGCAACUACCAAGAAGCGCGUCGAUAAGCAAAUGCCGCCUCCGCCGAAGCCUGCCGAUAAGCCCACAGAGAAAGCAACAACAGCGAAAAAGACAGCUGGAAAGAAAGCUGGUGGUGCGGGAAAAUUAGGUGGCGCAUCACAAAAAAGUCAAAUAACAACGAACAAUAGCAACACCAAUCUCGAAGCGCUGGAUGUGGAGACGGAACAGACUCUAAAGGACAUCAAUCGUUGGUUGGAGCACACUCCACGCUUCUCCGAGUUCAGCUCAGCUAGCAAUUCUCCCUCGCGAUACAAUCUCCUAGAUGAUUUUGACUCAGGCAUUGGCAGUAAACUGGACGCGGCCGACUUUCGACGUCCGGUAGCGCUGGCAGCGCCAAAAGUGGAACUCGUGCCAACCAAACUAGCUGAAGCGCUCAACGAGCUCGUCAGCGAUGAAGCCAAGAAGGGCGAUUCAGAAACAGCGUCUGUUAGUGGAACUGGUGGUGCUGCAACCACUGUCGGUGGCACCGCUAGCAGUGUUAGCAGCAGUUGCGGCACACCGCCACAUUCGACCAAUUCGGUUAACUCCAUAGGCAGCACAUCGGCCACGGCAGCCUCAUCGAAUAACUCGACGGUGAACGCACCUUCGAGUUCCUCGCUCACAUCGGCCAAUCAGCCCACGUUGGUUAUUCAGCCGCCUGCGGUGACGCCUCCCGCUGUACCGCCCCCUGUGCACGUGCAUACGAAGCCCAAGGAGCCGAGCACCACACAGUUACUGCUGAAUCCGCCACCACCACCGCAUAUCAAGCAGCAAAUGGCCAAAGAGGCCAAGCGUAAGUCCCUCAAGGAAAAGCUUGCGGCGACGGCACAUGCGCAACAGCAGAAGGCAAAAGGCAAUGUAAUGCGCACCAUUGAUCGCCUGCAACCGGGAAAGGCUAAGGGAAAUCUCAUACAGAACGUGAAUAAACCGGAUGCAGAGACCACUCCACUUGGGGCAACCGCAUCGACGCUUUCCACCGUGGCCUCCAAGACAAAGGAGCUUAAGAACGCACUUAUCACAGAGGCCAGCGAUGGUGCGCCCAAGCUUAGCCUCGGCACAGUUAUUAAAACGCAGGACUUUGCCUUGGGUAAGACCCUGGACGAGCUGGCGGGCAAGGGCGUGGAGAAGCAAUCGCGGGAUGGCGAUGGUAGUGCUGGCGAGGACAAUGGCAGCAAAUCCGAUGAUGACUGUGAAACGGCGAUAAAGACCAAGGAACCACCAAAACCAUUUGAAGCACUGCUUGAGCUAAGCAAAGCAAGCAAAUCGAGCGAGGCGUCCAAAAGCGAAGCAAACAAAGAGAAACCGAAUUUGAGCGCUUGGCUGAAGGCUUUUGGCGGGCCCAAGGUCAGCAAGAAAACGGACGAGGAUGAUAAACAGCUGCACCAACAACAGUCGCAUCAACAGGAUAUAUCGGGCGAUCCGGCUAGCAAGUCCAGUGAUGGUCAUGUUGCACCACCGGCGCACUCACCUGCUGGCGACAACUUUUCGCUGCCAACGGUUUUGCGACAGCGAAAGCCGAGCACAGGCAGCACUACUUCGGAGCGAUCGUCGUUCAGUCAAGAUCCUGAUUCGCCGCGCAUUGCCAUCGAUGAGCGUUAUGGUUCGUAUGCAUCUGGUGCAUACACAUCCCCAAUCGGCGCCUCACCAAUUGGAGCUUCACCCAUCAUGGUCUCGCCCAAGCCAAACGAUGACAUGAACAAACCACCCACAUCUCCAUAUCCACUCAAUGGGGCCAUUAAGGUGGGAUUUUAUCAGGACACUACUACGAAGAGCAGCCCGGACAAGAGCUGCAGUCCUCGUGAAAUUACCUCACCGUAUCCACAGUACUCGCAGCACAUUUACUCCUCGGCCUCAUCACCGAAUGUUUCCACACCGGAGCUGAGUGGCACUUCGCCUUAUGGCGGUGGUAAUAGCUACAAUCCCUCGGGUUCCGAAGCUUCGAAAACGCCUGGCUACUCUUCCACUUCUCCGCUUCCCAUUUGCUAUGAUCAGUACAAGCAACCGCGCUCACAGGAAUCAGACUAUAACUCGUCGAUGAGUCCCAGCACACCCAAUCCGCAUUCGCCGUACCAGCAACCACAGAGUUCGCCAUACACGACACCUCAGUCCACACAUCAGUCGCCUUACCACGCCCAAUCGCCUUACCAUCAGCAACAACAUUCGCCGUACCACCAACAGCAGCAACCAUCGCAACAACAACAGCAACCGUCACACAGUCCGGCGGCGCAUCAACAGGCGCACAGCCCCAUGCAAAGCAGUGUAGAUUCGCCGGCCUCCUCAGCGGCCACCCAACCACCCACUCCGCUGGCCCAGUCACCGGCAGAGCAGCAACAUUCGCCGUAUCAGCAACCAGUGCUGUCGCCCUACCAGCAACAACCACCGGUGGUGGUGCCAGCAGCCGUUACCCAACCAGGAUCGGUUGCGCCUACAACAGCUAUGGCAACUAAUAGUGGCUAUGCAUCAGCACCCACUCAUGACACUUACCAGCAACAACAGCAACAACAUAAGCAACAACAAGACCAGCUACGAUCUUUGUAUAACCCAGCAACGCUUAUAAAUCCGUUGCAAGCUGUGACAGCACCCACAGCUGUUGCCAAGCAGACAACAAAUAACGAGUGGAGCUUAAAUCGUAGUCUGCUGCCAACAAAUAUUGCCGGACAAGCGCAGCAACAACAACAACAGCAGGUACAGCAACAGCAGGUACAGCAACAGCAGGUACAGCAACAGCAGGUACAACAACAACAGCAGCAGCAGCAGCAGCAGCAACAACAGCAGCAGCAGCAACUAAUUAGUAGCCAACAACAACCACAGGCUCAGACCCAAUCUCAAUCACUUGCACAGGCCGCCAAACCCAAAUACCCCACUUAUGCGCAAUAUCAGUCUACAAAUGCAGCAGCCAGUGCGGCAGCGGCUGCCAAUGUUGCAGACGGCACAGAUCAGCAACAACAGCAGCAACAGCAAAAGAUUACACCGCCCAGUUAUGCGAGUGACAUGGCCAGCUUCAUGCAACAUCAAAUGCAACAAUUGCCAUCAACGUUGAAAACGGACACGCUGAUUAAUCCGCUGAAGAGACCUGGCGAGGAAUUGGGCAUGGAUUAUAGUGGUGCCACUAAGUUGCAGAAAUUGGAUGAUAAUUUGACAGCUCAACAACAGCAGCAACAAUCUCAGGCGCAAGCGCAGGCAUCGCUGUUAAACAAGCAACAGCAAAUGUUUAACAGCUUUUUGGGCUCGAUGGCCUUUGGAAAGCCGCUCGGUAACAUUUGUCCGGAUAAAGCUUUCGAGAUGUACAAUAGGGCUGCAGCUACCGGUUUUCCCAAGGACUUUGUCAAGGAUAACAGCUGCCAGUUGCAACAACAGCAACAACAGCAGACACCAACGGCAACUAAGCAACAGUCAAACCAAGUUCAGUCUGCAAAUCAGGUGCAGCCACAAUCUUCGAUAGCGACACAGCAGCCACAAUCGUCUAUACCGACGCAACAGGCACAAGCCCCGACGCAUUUGACGCAGCUACAAACGCCACAUAAUCAAAACUAUCAGCAGCAGCAACAGCAGAAAUUGCCGCUGCAACAGCAGCAACAACAACAGCAGCACCAACAGUCCCACAAUACAUACCAACAACAGCAGCAGCCACAACUUAAUCACAACUAUGCACCAGCACCGCAGCAAACGCAACAGACACAGCAACAAGCAGCGGCUGACAAACCAGCAGUGGCAACACAUGCCCCCGCAACUAGCGAUGCAAGUGGCAGCAACAUGUUGCACAUGCCCUCAACAGCACAUCAACACCAUCUUUCGCAGACACACCAUUUGGCUGCCUACAACAAAGCCACACCUCCACCACCCCAGACCUACAAUAAUCCGCUGAUGCACCCCCUCGCCGAGAGCAUGCUCGGCUAUCCCGCGAACUACUUCGACAAGGCGAUGCCACCCGCUGCUCACAUGUAUAGUGCCUCCAGUGCCGCAGCCUAUGGAAAUCCAGCAGCUCAGCUGCCGGGCAAUUAUGUGCCUACAGCACUAUCAGGAGCCGGUAGCAACACGCAAACCCAACAAACAACGCAUCAUGCGCCCCUUGCAGCAGCAGCUGCAACAGUGGCAGCAACAACAGCAACGCCGCCUGUUACAGUAGCCGAAGUGAAGGCGCCGGCGAAACGUGGACGCAAAAAGAAGGCAUCAACCAUAGCGGCUGAGGCGGCAGCUGUGGCUGCCAAACAAGCGCAGCAACAGCAGCAGCAACAACAACAGCAGCAACAAGCAGCCGCACAACAAGCGCAGCAACAGCAGCAGCAGCAACAACAACAGCAACAACAACCGCCCAUGCACACGCAAUACAAUAUGCCACAAAUGGCCAGUGCCCAUCAGAGUAAUGCCGUAGCAUUGCAUCAGGGCUUCCAGCUUUAUGCCGGUCUUAAAUCUACCGGUGUCUCAUCGCCACUCGCGGGUGCGGGUUCAGCAAGCACUGGACUAGUCGGCACGGCAGCCUCGCCCGCGGAGGGCACAACCAGUGCUAAUCAUAGUUCUACAGCGGCCGCAGAUGCUGCUGCCAUAUCGCUGAAGACCUCAACGGGCAUGGUGCCGGGCAGCGCCUUCAACUUUGCCGCAGCACCCGGUGCGCUGGGACUCUAUGGGGACCAAACAGCUGCCGCUAGCAGCUAUCUCGAUCAGUUCCGUGAUGCACCGAACCCGUAUUAUAUGCCACCGGCACCGGCGCACAGUGGCGCGGCAGCGAAUGUGUCUGGCAAUGCCGCAGAUAAGACGCAAAAUGCGCUGAGCACUGCGGCUGGUUCGUAUCCGUUUUUGGCGGCAGCGCAUCCUUCAACACGGGCCGCCUAUCCCUUUGCAGCCUCACAGCUCGAUGCCAAUUCGCAGCUAUAUCAGCAGUACCUGCGUCGCGAUGAUUUUCACACGCGCAUGAUUCUGAAUCAAAGUCUGCUCGGUGGUCCGGCGGCGGGCUAUGGUCAGCCCCCACCACCACCCAGUGCCUAUCGACCGUCGGCAUUGGGCAUGCCGAAGCCGUACGAUAUCAAUAGGCAAUCAUGGUUUUAGCAGUACGCCAGUGCCGCCAACGUGGAUCUGCAGGGAGACGAUCUAAAUGCAUCGUCGACGACCGCGGUGGCGGCAACGGUGGCAACUGCGACUGCAUCUGCAACCACGCAACGCUGAAGCUAUUUGUGAAAAGCGGUUUCAAUGCCUUGUGUUUCAAGUUUUAACAUCAACAUCUUAAUUACCAUUCUUUCAUGUUAAUUAUGUGCGAGUGUUGAAGUUGCCUUUGUUGUUAAUUUAAAUGAAUAUUGAUAUUCUAUUUUCUCUAGACUCGAAUUCUAGUUUCUAAGUUUCCUAUUUUUGUUGACUGCUUCGCAUUACUUCUAGGCUACACGACUCAAUACUAGCCACUUUCUUUAUUUUCACUCGCUUUUCGUGCAAUGUCUUGACAUUCGACAGACAGACUAACAGACUGACUAAGUCUAAACCUUCAACUUCAACACGCUGCGCAGACCAAACCCUUGACCACAUAUAUAUACAUAUAAAAAAAUAAAACGAAUAAAAACAAAAAAAAAAUCUUACCUAGUUGUUAGCAACAUUAUCAAUUUUAAGCAUUUGUUUAUGACACUAAUUCAAAAGAGCAAA